ACCGUCAGAAUCAGAUGGUCGACGGACAACGAUAUCCGUGAUCGCGAAUAGUUUAUAGCUGGAUCAAGUAAAAGUGAUUUUUCUAUAUGAAAUUGUUGGUACUAUUAAAGUGAAGUCUUAUGAUAAUGACAUCCUAUACGAUGUCACGGUUUUUGUUGUUCUCUUCUGUUGGGAUUGGAAGUUAUUUGACCGGAUCCUAUGUAGAGAGGAAUCACAAAAAACAUGAAAAAGAGGAUUAUGUAAAGGAUUUAUUAACGCAAGUAUAUUCAAAACCUGGUCUUCCAAUCUUCGGGACCGUAUCUGCUGCUUCACCAAUCCCGUUAGAAGAAAAGUCCACGGUCCCAUCCAAUGUUAGUCGGAUUGGCCAAAUAAUGAAAUUUGGAUUUCCAGGCUUAGAUAAUGUGAGAUCGUAUGAUGACUACGUUCUUUCGUAUGACCGGAGAACACGGGUAGCUCACUGGGUGUUUGAACAUCUAACUGCGGAAAGAGUGAAACACAAUGAUGCUGUGGAUCGCUCGAAAUGUGAUUUCAAACCCGACGAUAGUAUACAUCCAUUUUUUAGAUCAUUGAAUUCUGAUUACAAAGGUUCAGGGUUUGAUAGAGGACACUUAGCAGCCGCUGGAAAUCACAAAGCUGAACAGAAACACUGUGAACAAACGUUCUUUCUAACCAAUAUGGCACCACAAGUAGGAGUCGGGUUCAAUAGAGACAAAUGGAAUAAUCUAGAAAGGCAUAUACGAAAACUUACCAAAGAAUAUCCUAAUGUAUAUUGUUGUACCGGGCCUCUUUACUUACCGCGGAAAGAAUCCGAUGGUAAACUGUACGUGAAGUAUCAAGUAAUAGGAUCGAACAAUGUGGCCGUGCCAACGCAUUUCUAUAAAGUAGUGGUAAUGGAAACCGCCGACAAACGUUUGGAAAUGGAAGCGUAUGUCCUACCGAAUCAGAAAAUCGAUGACCAAACACCACUGUCUAUGUACCAAGUUCCACCGGAAACGAUUGAACGCGCGGCAGGUUUGCUGUUCUUCGACAAAAUUAGCCGAAGUAAUCUGUCAAAGAUUAAUGGGAAAAAAGUGUAGCCAAAGAGAUCGAUCGUUAAACAAAUUAAUAGAAAAAUUAUAUCGUGUGACGCGUAGAGUUCGUAACUUUAUUAGUACAAUGUCGCUAGUGUCGAGAAAUAUAACAUUACUUUAUGUA